UCCUGCUCUAUCCAUCGAAGCAUUCAUUUUAUGCAAUGGCUCCACGUGUUUUCCUCAUUACAGGUACUUCUACAGGAUUUGGGUCGGAGCUAGUAAAAGUCGUUCUUCGGAAUGGCGAUUACGUAGUCGCAACAGCGCGGAACAGUUCGAAGUUGUCGUUCGAAGGCGCUACUACGUCCAACAGCCUCCUCGUCGACCUGGACGUAACGAGCGAAUCCUCCAUUGAUGAAGCCUUUGAUGCUGCAAUCAAGAAAUUCAAACGAGUUGAUGUCGUCGUCAACAACGCAGGGUAUGGGUUGGCCGGAGAGUUUGAAUCGUUGUCCGACAAACAAAUCCGGACGCAGUUGGAAGUUAACCUGUUUGGCCUUAUAAACGUGACGCGGAAGGCAAUGGAAAUCAUGCGGGAAUUAAAGACAGGAGGAAUCAUCCAGCAGGUUACGUCUGUUGGCGGCCAAGUUGGUGUUCCAAACUUCUCGAUCUACUGUGCAUCUAAGUGGGCUGUAGAGGGUUUCACGGAAGCAGUUUCGAAAGAAGUUAAGCCUGAAUGGGGAAUUAAAUUCACUCUCAUUGAGCCGGGCGGCUUCCGAACAGAUUGGGCGGGCCGCAGCAUGGACUUUGGCGAGAAUAAAAAUCCCGCAUACGACCACAUGAAUGCUAGAGAAGCAAUGGGAAAACGCCAUGGUACUCAGGCCGGUGAUCCAGCGAAGGCCGCUAACGCGUUCUAUGACCUGGCAGUCAUGAAAGACCCGCCUUUGAGGUGUUGUGUGGGUACGGACGCUUUCAAGAUGAUCAAUCAGAAGCUGGAGAGGUAUUCGGAUAAUUUGAAGAGGUUCGAAAAGUUGAGUAACAGUACUGACGUGGAUGGAUAUCAGGCUCCGAGCUAG